AUGGCAUACGUCCCUGGGUACCCGAUGCCCGUCGCCUAUGGAGGCGGCCCUUGGGGUCCCUAUGGCCCGCCCCCCUACGGCAUGAAUUGGGGCCCUCCGGGAGAUUACAGCCAGACCAGUCGGGCAAUAAAAAGUGACCGACACGACCGCCGGGGCCGAGAUGGGCGCGGUCAGGACUUCGGUGCUUUCAAUGGCCGAGAUCGCGACGAGCGUGACAAGGGUAUGAAGUGGGCGCCCGGCCGUGGCCGCAAUCCGGAUUUGGAGGCGGAAAAGCUGACGGGCGUUCCUCUUGCCCGCAACUACAGCGAGCACGACGACAGGCGGAAUGAAGCCGCUCCAGCUGUCAGGCGUGGAGGCUCGCCAGGCGGCAAGUGGAAGAAUGAUAUGUUUGAACAGUUAUCAGGAGAUGGCCCGAAGAAAGACGACUGA